UGAAUUAAGUGGCACGGCAGUCCAUGGCGUACGCUGGCGAGUGGGCAAAUCCAGAAAUCCGUUUUGCCUGAACAUUUGGAUGACACAAACCGACGUAAUAAGAAGACUCCAACAGACUAGUAUGAAUGCCGAUUUGCCUCUUGUUUGUUCGGCUACCUGGAGAUAGCCGUAACAUGAAGACGCAAGCAGAAUGACUUUUAAUCGUGGGUUCGGUACAGCACGGCCAGUGAAAAUGAGCGGGGUAAACAGAUACGUGAUUAUUUAUUUAGUGUCAGCCGUCAGUAUCGGCACCGCAGGGGCUAUGAACGCCGCAGCGAUGGAUAAAAACAGUACUGAGAAUGGAAGCGGAGCAGAUGGUGGUAUGGUCCCUCUGGUGCUCACCAAAGUAAGCCAGAUCAUAGCCCGCGAGGGAAACUGCGCCUUGAUUGACUGCAACGUCACGGGUGACCCUUUUCCGAACGUACAGUGGUUCAAUUCCCACGGACACCUGUUAGAUACCGAAAGGAGUGAUGGGAAAUGGAUCCUGGACAACGGCGUCCUCAACAUCACCAGUAUCACCUUCGCGGACCGCGGCAAGUACACCUGCGUGGCGUCCAACGUCCACGGCUCGGCCAAUGGCACGGUGACGCUGCGCGUGGUCUUCACCAGCGACGACAUGGGCGUCUAUUACAUGGUGGUGUGCCUGGUGACCUUCACCAUCAUCAUGGUGCUCAACGUGACCCGCCUGUGUAUGAUGAGCAGCCACCUGAAGAAGACAGAGAAGGCCAUCAACGAGUUCUUCCGCACCGAGGGCGCCGAAAAACUCCAGAAGGCUUUCGAGAUCGCAAAGCGCAUCCCCAUCAUUACCUCAGCCAAGACCUUGGAGCUGGCCAAGGUCACGCAGUUCAAGACCAUGGAGUUUGCGCGUUACAUCGAGGAGCUGGCGCGUAGCAUCCCGCUGCCGCCCCUGAUCAUGAACUGCCGGAACUUCAUGGAGGAAAUCCUGGAGGUGGUGGGCGUCGAGGAGAUGAGGCACACCUUCGUGCGGCACGCCCCCGAGGGCCACGGCUCCGGCGAGGGCGGGGCGGGGUGCGUGUCCGCCGCCGGAGACGUCUUCACCAUCCUGCGGGGGAGGGAGCGAGCGCGGAGCGAGUCGCCCGCCGCCGACUCGGACGACGCUUCGUUGCACGAGCAGCCCCAACACAUGGCUAUCCAGGUUUCGGUUCAUCCGCAGCUGGCCGCUACUGCAGGGUGCAGCAACGUGGAGGCUCCGCCCCUGCCGGAGGUGCCCUCAUCCAUUCCUUUGCUGGCGGCUCCGCCUCCGGAGCCAGAGGCAGAAGGGUCGGAGGCGGAGCCAAAGGCGGAGUCUGAGGGCGGAGCCGCGGAGCAGACGCCGCAGGUCAUCUAUGAAAGCCACGUGUAACAUCCUCACAUCUCUGGGUGAUUAUCUUGCUAUGCAUUUACAAAAACAGAAAAAAAGGUCAAGACAUCUUUCUUUUCCCCCUUUUCUUUUCUUUCUCUUUUGUUUUUUGCUCUGAACUUAGAAAAAGUAGAAAAGAACCUUUAACCUGGGGUUAUUUACUGGUCUAUCAACUCAAGAGACAAAUAAGUAUUACAGUUUUUUUUUUUUCCUCGUGUUCAUUGCAUAUUCAUGUUGAAUGUAAAAGAGGGGCAGUGGUGACAUCAUUUCCUGGUGAGUUAAACUACACCAUGCAGCCAACUGAAGAUGUAAGAUCUAUGGAUUAGUCCCUGUUAUUUAUGAGACAGACAGAAAGUAGGAUGACUGUUAGAAAAAUGGAAUCGGAUUGUAAACUCCAUAACCUAUUGCUAAAGCAAUCGACUCUACUGAUAAUUACAGUG